UGGGCAAGCAGCGUGCAUUGACUCCUGUGACGAGGAAAAACUGAUCAAAAGAAUUAUCGUGGGCCCUGAUCAGUGAUCCAUAAAGCUCAUUAGAAUUCGAGUACUGCAUUCUGUAUGUAUAUAGACGCACAUAACUCUACCGUGAACUUUACACAAUGAAAUACUCGUUUGCAUAGAUUACGAUUUAUUACCAGCAACUAUACAACACCAGCUAAGUCAGCAGUCUUAAAUCUCUGGUUAAAACUAUAUAUACCAGUCAURGCGGCUGUCAGGGAUGAUUUUUCUGGCAGGAAAGACAGGAAAACUAGUAAGAAUUUAAGACAAGAAUACACAAAGUUGAUUAACAUGGAUCAGGGUUUGAUGGAAGCUCGAAGGUGGAUCGAGAGAAUAACGUUCACGCCAUUCAAGCACAGUGACUUUCGUGAAUCUCUAGUUGACGGUGUUUUACUCUGCGAGCUUGUUGUUAAUGUGGCUAGUAUGUCGAUCGGACGAAUAAAUCGUUCUUCUACAGCUUAUGCGAGCACAGAUAACAUUAAGUUGUUCCAAAGGGCCUGUGAGACGUUGGGCUUUGAUAAAUCUCAGUUGUUUGAUGUAACAGACCUACAAGAGGUGCCAGUUAAACGAGGACAGAGUGUACUUGAACGGGCCAAAGAAUCUCAAAGACGACUUGCCAAGGUCUGUCUCACUGUCUACUGGCUUGGCAAAUAUGCCAAUGAUACUCUGAACUUUACUGGGUCAUCUUCACUCGACGAGUCUUGUUUUCAACAUCUCCUUCAGAACCAGUUACCAGAGUUACCAGAGAUAGAAGGUGCGGAACCAAUACGACACGAACCCAUUGAAACUAAACAAUCAGAGCCCAGCGAAUCAAUUAAAGACAAACACGAAAUCGUUACAGAGGCUAUUGACUACAGCACUAACAUACAAACCUUCAAACAGCUCGAAGAAGAGUCUAAGAGGGUUCAAGAAGAGGUCGAGAGGCAACGUCGUAGAUCUUUCUCAGCGUCUGACAAAGAAAAUCAAUUCAUCGAGGAAGAAAAAGAUAGAAGACGAAAAAGUAUUGGUAGUAAACCGGUGUGGAAGGAAGGCGACAGUAGAUACAAGCAUAAGAAGGAGAUUCUUGGUGGCUGGAAGGACCCAAUCAAGAACAGGCGUGACCGGAUUGUUCAAGGUGGAGAAAGUCCCCCGAAAGAAAAAAGAAUUGCUGGCUUGAAUAUGAGAUCUCCUGGUGACAUGCGUGACAAAUUGUCACGCUUCGAGCAGAUGAAUCGCCAAACAUCUGAGGAAUCUGAAGUUAUUCAAGGCAAACGUUCUCGUCCAAAAUCUUGGGGUGGUGGAGAUUCGCUAACUCGAGGAGGAUCUCUUGUGGAUAAAGCCAAUAAAUUUGAAAGCCUCCAAAGGCAAGCUGACAAGGAAAGUGCCGUACUACACGGUGAACUGCGCAUGCCUGCAGUAGAUAACGACGAUAAACGACAGAACAGAGCACCUGUGCUUAGUGCUGCUACGGUUAAUAUAAAGGAUAAACACAGUAAAUACGAGAAGCUAGACAAGACAGCUCAUCAGCAAACUAUGGUGUUAGAAGGAAAACACCGUGAAAAUGAGACUGACUUUGAGUAUGACAUUGGAGAUAAAGUUAGUGGACCAAUCCCAUUACCUGGAACAGCCGAUGUAAAACUGCGCGAAAAGAAAAGACAGUUUGAAAGUUUGGAUUACAAGGCCCAGAGGGAAAGCUCUAUUCUAAAGCUACAUAGUGGCAAGUCAUUUGAUGAUGCUACCCAGCGACCAAAGCGAUCUGAGCCCAGACCCAUGUCAAACGUGUUUGAUUAUCAGCGCUCUACUCAUUCUUAUGAGCCAGAGAGAAGUGGUGAUGUUGUCAUGCGUGAUGUAGAAGGGGAAGGGAUCCAGGCACGUGACAUGAACUUUGUGGAAAGUUCACCCAAUCAAAAUGAAGUCUUUAUGCAGAAUGACUAUGAAGCGGCCCCAAAACCUGUCUCCCCAAACCCUCCAGCUCCUCCCAGAGAAGAUUCUUUACGAUACAACUCCUUAACGAAAAGGCCCGAGGACUCAAUCAAAAAACUGUCGAAGAACAAGACAACGCUGUAUUCGUCCUUUGCUCAACAACCUGAAGAACCCAACAAAGGAGGAGCAAAGCGCCCCGCUCUGAAAUAUAAGGAGUUUAUCUCUUACCCUGUUACCAAGCAGAGAGAUCGCGUAGAACGAUAUAAUGCUGCCGUUGAACAACUUUCCAAGGAACCAGGAAAAAAAGACAUAAGCAGCGAUCAGUCGACUGGUAGACCGAGGAAAAAGUCUCUUGGCAGUGAUGAGUGGAUCAAAGUUAGGCCUGUUGAAGAGCCUACUGAAGAUCUAUCCAAGCGACCAAUCCAAAAGCUUUGGGAUCGAGAGCCAGAAGAUGAAGAUACCGAUCACAAGAAGCGAUCACAACCAGUUGAUACGUCAUUUACUGUUGUUGAGAAUUCUAAUUAUGUUCCUGAUGUGAAGAACAUGAGAUACAAAGACUUUGCUGCCCCGCCAAAGAGUGUUGUGAAGGAUCAUGUGAUAAUGUCAAAUGCUUCUGUCGUUGAGUCUUCUGGACCUAGGAAAAUCAGUGGUAUUGGUCCUUAUAGUAACUUUGCACAGCAAGCCGCCGCUCAAGAUCCAAACAAACCUGCUCCUAAGGUGUCCAUGUCUUACCGGGACUUUGUUGUGCCUCCUCCAAAGGAAGGUUCCACCAGUGAAUCAGAAAAGGCAAAAGCAAAGAAAGUCAAAGAUUUGACAAAAAGGUUCAUGGAGUUGGAGGCAGAACAGCUCAAGCCUAAAGAAGGUGGUCCACCGCAGCCCAAAUCACUAGUGGACAGGGACGAACUCGUACGCUAUGAAAGAGAGUCUCGAGCUCGUAGUUGGUAUGGAGGGCCUCUGGGACUUGACGAUGAAGAAUUUGAAGGUGCUUAUAGACGAAGAGUGCGAAGAUGGUCUGACUAUGAGUACGAAGAAGGGGAUAAGACAAAGAGCUCACCGUGGGAACAAGAACAAGAACCUGAGCAAUCAGAUGACGAGAUGCAAAGCCGCAAAUACCCAGGCACAAGUGCUGCUUCCUCUAACCAAUACCAGUCUUACAACGGGUCAGUUGACCCAGAAAUUGAAGUCAGGAAAAAACCACAAGUGGAAAGCAGCAGAGAAUGGCACCAACCACAGCCUCCACGUUCAGUUGAACCCCUUCAUGAUGAAAUAGAAGUCAGAAAAAUACCACAAGUGGAAAGCAGCAGAGAAUGGCACCAACCUCAGCCUGCAUCAACUGAGUAUCCUCAACGUUCAGUUGAACCCCUUCAUGAUGCCGACCCCAUUCCGUAUGGUCAGACUCAUGAACAAGAUAUGCGACCCACUAUAUCAAUGUUUCAACACUCAGAGCCUGAAGCACCACAACAUGAAGAUCAGUCCUCUUCCGGGGAAGACCGUAGGUACGGACCUACGACCUCCACUCACGCACGUACUAUUGGUACUCGCAGCUGGAAUGAAUUUGAAAGCUCACGACGCAAGAAAUCAAUGGAACUGUUAGACAAUCGUCCAUCUGCUAAACCGUACGAUUCAAAAGAACAACAAAAAGUCAAAGGAGAAGCCGAUAUAUACAAACUCAAAAGACCAGCUGAUUACUUACCAAAAUACAAAGCAGAUCAAGCUGACAAACCUUCAAGUCAACCCUCCUACCACGAGCCACCCAAGCCUGAAGAUACCUAUCACCAUUAUUUCCAGUCUAAGACGCUAGACGAUUUUGUACCACAAGAAAAGUAUCCACAGUCUCAACCCGAAAAAUAUGAUGAAGAACCAAUGCCAACUUCGUACCCCACGUACUACCAACAAGACACAGACGACCAGUAUCGUAAAGGUGUUGCUACAGAGGUAGUUCAAGCUGGAAAGCCUUUGAUCGUAAGUGCAAAACUUCAUGACAAGACGAAAGACCAAAAACCUGUCCAAAAGCCUAUUCCAGGGGAUCAAGCAUACGAAAUUGUUGCCACUACAGAAACGUCCAAUAUUGUUGAAAGUACGCAGGACUUCAAGGCUCAACAGAAACUGUGGGAAGAUUUGAGUAGCCACAAACAAACACAACCAGUUGAAGAGCCGACGGAAGCGUUUCAAGUUAAGGAAUUACAAGCAGAAAAACACGUUGCCAUGCAACCUGACAUACAAAAGCCACGGAAAGCGGAGACACAUGAAAGAGAAGUAGAACCUGUCGUUACAAAAUCGAAACGACCACAAAUGUUUGCUAUCGUUGGACAAGGUAGACAAGUUCGACCCUUGGUAGCUGAGGUUCCUGAACCAGUCGUAGUUUCUCAAAAGCAUCCGAAAGAAGAAGUCCCUCAACUUGACAAUAAAGAGGAACCCAGAGCUAUACCAGAUCAGACGAGGCAACAACACCCGGCAAAUGUAUUGAUAUCACCGUCCUUAUCAGGGGCAAAAGUAUUUAAUUUCGACGAAGAUCAGAACAAAAAGGAUGCAGCGAAAAGUCAUCCGCACACUGAAAAACAACUCAUCCCAGCCAAGAAAAACGAAACAGUUGUCGUGGAAACUGUCACCGUUGUGGAAAAAAGUAGAGGUUUCGACGAAGAUAUUUUCAAAGCUUUAGAGUUAAGUGAGGACGAAAGAUUGAAAAGAAACAUCCAAAACCCUGAAUAUCGGGAAAAGCUCAGAAAAGAGGUCGAAGAGAAGAACAGAAAACAACGUGAGGAAGCUAAACAUCUGACAAACCUUCAGAUGCGCCAAUCGUUAGGAACUAAAGAUAUGGUAAAUGACGGAGAAGGAAGAUUAAGACAAGAACACGCUGAAGGAUUAGAAAAUGCUGGCGGAAAUCUAGAAUACCUGUAUGAUUAUAAUGCUAACAGAACAGAAGACUACGCCAGAAAAGAUGACCCAAGGUAUUAUGCAAACCAGAGGAACAGACCUAACCAAAGGCAAUACGAAAUCGAUAGAAGAGAACAAGAACGUAGUGAAAAUGAACGUUUAAGGCAAGAACAUCUUCACCGAGAACGACUGAAGCAGCAGCAAAUGGAAGAGGAACUUGAAGAAAAGCGUGAAUGGGAACGUAGAGAACAAGCAAGACUGGAGUAUGAAAGACGAGAGCAAGAAAGACUAGAACACGAACGCAGAGAACAAGAACGUAAGGAACGCGAAAGAAAAGAACAAGAAAGGCGUGAAUGGGAACGUAGAGAACAAGAAAGAAUGGAACUUGCACGACGAGAGCAAGAAAGACUAGAACAUGAACGCAGAGAACAAGAACGUAAGGAACGCGAAAGAAAAGAACAAGAAAGGCGUGAAUGGGAACGUAGAGAACAAGAAAGAAUGGAACUUGAUCGACGAGAGCAAGAAAGAUUGGAGCAUGAACGACAAGAGCAAAGACGUAAAGAGUUAGAACAAAGGGAACGCGAAAGAAAAGAACAAGAAAGACGUGAAUGGGAACGUAGAGAACAAGAAAGAUUGGAACUUGCACGACGAGAGCAAGAAAGAUUGGAGCAUGAACGACAAGAGCAAAGACGUAAAGAGUUAGAACAAAGGGAACGCGAAAGAAAAGAACAAGAAAGGCGUGAAUGGGAACGUAGAGAACAAGAAAGACUGGAACUUAAACGACAAGAGCAAGAAAGAUUGGAGCAUGAACGCAGAGAACAAGAACGUAAGGAACGCGAAAGAAAAGAACAAGAAAGGCGUGAAUGGGAACGUAGAGAACAAGAAAGACUGGAACUUGAACGACAAGAGCAAGAAAGAUUGGAGCAUGAACGCAGAGAACAAGAACGUAAGGAAUGCGAAAGAAAAGAACAAGAAAGGCGUGAAUGGGAACGUAGAGAACAAGAAAGACUGGAACUUGAACGACGAGAACAAGAAGAAAGAUUGGAACUUGAACGACGAGAGCAAGAAAGAUUGGAGCAUGAACGACUAGAGCAAGAAAGAUUGGAGCAUGAACGACUAGAGCAAGAAAGACUGGAACAUGAACGGGUUGAACAACAGUUCAGAGAACAAGAGAGAAAGGAGCAAGAGCGCAUGGAAGAGGAGCGUAGAAGACGAGAACAGCUAGAACGUGAAAAGUACGAACAAAAUCGCAGAAGACAAGAUGAACAAAGACAAAGAGGACGUUAUGGAACACGUGAACAUGAACGUCACGAUCAUCGUGAUGAGCGACAUGACCCGCGUGAAACGCACAUGCGUCACGAUUAUCGUGACGUGGAGCGACACGACCCACGUGACACACACAGGCGUCAUCAUCGUGAUGAGGAGCGACACGACCCACGUGACACACACAGGCGUCAAGAUCAUCGUGAUGAGGAGCGACACGACCCACGUGACACACACAGGCGUCAAGAUCAUCGUGAUGAGGAGCGUUAUGAUCCACGUAAGCGUGAGUCGCACGAUUAUCGUGAUCGCCAACGUUACGAGAGAGAACGCAUUCAGAGGGAACGUAGAGAACAGGAACGUCUCGAUCAAGAGCGCAGAGAACGUGAACGUCGCGAACGACAUCGCAGAGAACAAGAGCAUCUUGGACCAGAAGAAAGAGAACGACAUCGUCUCGAGCAGCAACGACGUGUCCAUGAGAUGGUGGAACAGCAGCAACGAGAAGAAGAAGAGUACAAAAAGAGUCUUUCUAGAGAAGACGUCCACAUACAUGCUGCCAGUCAGCAGGGACCUCAGACAGACAGUAACACUAACUGGACAAAGAUUGAAGAUGGAUCGCGGUAUUCUAUCUAUGAAACGUUUAUUGCUGCCGACCAAAAACGUGUCGUGUGUACAAGCUGUGGAAUCCCUAUCAACAAAGACACUGCUUUGUUUGUCCAAGAAUUAAAUCGCUAUUGGCACAAGAAAUGUUUCCGUUGUGUUGUCUGUCAGGUUAUCUUUGGAUCGAAAGAGCAGCGCAGUCCUUUAAUGGUUUCAGACUCUUUGCUUCAUUGUGAAAAUUGCUUCAUUACAAAUGAAGGAGAGAAGUACACUGAAGUUUAAGAGAAGAAAAUCCACAUGAAAUCCAAGCCCAAACCUUGGAUCCUAAUCGCUUUAAUUGUACUAAUACAUAUCAUCGUCAUAGCGUAUUUUAUACAACCUCUCAUCUUAUUUCAUUCGAUAUGGUUUUUAUAUAGAAUCAAACAUUUUCUUGCAGCAUAACUGGCCUUCUAAGUGACUUUUAUCAACCAGUACUGUAACUGUUUUAAAAUCGCGUAUAAUAUAAUAAUAUUUGCUGGGCGACACCAGUGAUGUUACCGGCGACUCUUUUGCUACAAAAUAAUGAGUAAUUCUCAAAAACACCCAUAUCAUAGCGUUAAGUUUGUAGAAAUUGAAAAUAUCAAAAAUAUGUAAUUUACUCGUAAUAAUCCAUUUUUUACUCGGAAAGAUCGUACCUCGAGCAUCCAGUCCAUCGUGCAUACAAUUGUCCGUCUGAAUUAUUGAAUGUACCUUCUAGAUUCGAUGUCACUGUAGCUUUGUACAACAGAAUUCAUGAUGAUGCAUCCAAACAAAGUGUGACUAGAAUAAAUACACUUUAGAGUUA